AUGGCUGCACAGUCAGCUCCGAAGGUUGUGCUAAAGAGCACCACCAAGAUGUCUCUGAACGAGCGCUUUACUAACAUGCUGAAGAACAAACAGCCGAUGCCAGUGAAUAUUCGGGCUACCAUGCAGCAGCAGCAGCAGCUAGCCAGUGCCAGAAACAGAAGACUGGCCCAGCAGAUGGAGAACAGACCCUCUGUCCAGGCCGCUUUGAAGCUCAAACAGAAGAGCUUAAAGCAACGCCUCGGGAAAAGUAACAUUCAGGCACGU